CCGAGCAUUCACUUCUUUUACAACCCCCGUCUAAAAAUAUACUGAGCAACCAUGGUGACAUCAUGCAUCCCUAUCUAAGGCCUACUUUUACUGGGAAAUAAUCUCCCUCUCUCCUACAUACUCUAACCUGAGCCUCACUAUCCUCAUAAAAACUCUUAAUUGCUUUCAGCAUCCUAUCACCUAUUCCAUGCAUUUGCAACAUCUGCCACAUUGCUACCCUAUCCACCCUAUCAUACGUUUUCUCCAAAACCAUAACUGUAACGAAAACCUCUUUACUCUCAUCUAGAUACUGUUCAUCUAUAUGCUUCACUGUAAACACUUGUUCUACACACCCCCUACCCUUCCUAGAGCCUCACUGUUCAUCUCUGACUCUACUCUCCAUCUACUCUUAAUUCUUUCAAUAAUAACUACCACACACUUUACCAGGUAUACUGGCUCCUCACUCUUGGACUUUCCCCGACACAGACUGAUGUGCACUAAAAUACGCUGAGGAAACUCGGGGAUCACAAUAUCUUGUUUUGCACAUUUAUACAAAAGGUUUGUGUGUGCUCUGUCAAUGUGUAAUAUUUACGUAAUGUGUCACGGUAACCGAUUUUUUUUUUGUUUAAAAACUAGGGAUAUAUUUUCCUGCCUACAUCAUGAGUAUGGAGAGACUGUGCGAGUGUGUUGAAGAGUCAAAAACGACGAUCUGUUGCAACGAUGGUCGCCAGAAUGACUAUUGCAGCAACGACCACCACCAGUGCCAACAACCCAGGAACGACGACCACCACAGCUGUCUCGUCGUCGAGCACACAGACUCUAUGGCAGGCAGGUAUCUGGUGACGAGUCGUGAAGCAAGAGCAGGAAACUUCUUGUUGAGGGAGAGUCCAGUCGCUAUGGGGCCACGAGCCACCUCCUCGCUAAUCUGUCUUGGCUGCCAUGAGGCCAUUCUUGGCACAGAGUUUCCCCGCUGCCCUGUGUGCUGGUGGCCACUGUGCUCCGCCGCAUGCGCCUCCAGCAGUCUUCAUCAGGCAGAGUGUCCUGUCCUGGCCGCCGACACCAGCAGGAUCGGACAGCCAAAAGUUACAGGCAGUACCCCGCGGUAUGACAUUAUUCUUGUUCUUCGGUGCCUCCUCCUCCGUGACAGAAAUCCCCUAGCGUGGCACCGCUUCUUGGACAUGGCUAGCCACGCCGAGCGUCGCAUGGAGGAAAAGGAGCAACACCACAUGGCAACUGUACGCUACAUCAAGGAAAUACUUAAAGUAGACUACACCUUAGAGGACAUUCAUCACGCUCGUGGUGCCAUUAUUACUAACUGCUUCGAGUGGCGGAGUCCAUCAGGAAUUAGUCUCCGGGGUGUCUACCCACUGCUGGGGCGCAUGAACCACUCCUGCCGCCCCACCGUCGCAGUAUCCUCUGACUGUAAGGGCAGCAUGUUCGUGAGGGCAGCGGUGGACCUACAGCCUGGAGACCAGCUCUAUAUUACUUACACUGACACACUUGAGCCACUGUGGGAGCGACGCGCCUACACCACAAGCACCCACUUCUUUAGCUGUGACUGUGUUCGUUGUAGGGAUCCUACCGAACUGGGUCUACACUACUCUUCUCCCAAGUGUGAAUUGUGUGACCAACAGUUCCUAGAACCCAGGAACUGGCUGGGAGAGGUGACGUGGGAGUGUCCCUUGUGUGGGACACAGCAGACACAGCAACAAGUCCAGCUGGAGGUGGAACAGUGGCUUGAACACUUUGAUAGUGACGACACCUUCCUGCACACCAGCCCCUAUGCUGUCAGAAACAUCAUGGACAAGGUAGAGGAAGUAUUCCACCCACACCACUACGUGUGGGUCAAGGCAGCUCACGUGGCCCUCAGAACCUUACUUGAGAACCACACCACCAAGGCGCUCGACCUCAAGAGACACCUGUGGCACCGUCUACUGUACAUCUACAACGUUCUUGAGCCAGGACUCACCAAAAGAAGAGGUGCUGUCCCUUCACUGUCCUCGUGGUCACCUACACCUCGCCUGGGCCCCUAUGUACUCUCCUUACUGCUUUACAUACACUUACAUAACAUUCCACGAAGAUCACCACGAAGGUCACGUAAUGUACGGUCAAGAUAGCCCUAGAGUCAUUUAAAUAACUUUACAUCCCGCCUGCUAAUAUUCUCAUGCGGUGACUGAAGAUCAUGAUUUGUAUGACCAAGUACAUCGCGACUUUAAACAAAACAUACCUUAAAACACUGGGCUUAAUACUCUGGCAUUUAAAUAUAUAUAUAGACGCAUUGUUUUACACCUACAAUUUACAGUUCUGCAAACAUUACGCUUUUAAUACUGGUUAUCAUAUUCCACACAACUGGCUAUCAUCAUAUUCCAUACUACUGGCUAUCAUCAUAUUCCAUACUACUGGCUAUCAUCAUAUUCCACAUAACUGGCUAUCAUCAUAUUCCAUACUACUGGCUAUCAUCAUAUUCCAUACUACUGGCUAUCAUCAUA